GUGGUUAUCAGAACGAAAACUCUACUGUUAAACAUGGCCGGCGAAACCACCACCUCCAAGACAACCAAGAAGUCUGAGCAUCCUCCCUACGAAGUUAUGAUCAAAGCUGCCAUUCUCGCGUUGAAGGAGCGAAAGGGCAGCUCUCGCCCUGCGAUCAAGAAAUACAUCCUCGCCAACUACAAGGUCUCUGCUGGCCCCCACUUUGACAAUCAGAUCUCUGCUGCUAUCAAGCGUGGUGUCACCAAGGGUGCCUUCACUCUUCCCAAGGGUGAGUCUUCAUUGGCCUUUUUGUGCUGGCCUGCUUGUGCGUGCGUGUGAGAGUGUGGAAAACGAGAGAGAGAGAAAGAAGAGAAAGGGAAAAAUUAUCGGGGGAGGUGGGAAGGAGUGAAAAGUGAGGAAAAAAAACGAGGAGCGAACGAGGCGAGCAGCGAACCAGACCAACCAGUCCUUUUGCCAGCU